AUGGGUAAUAGCGAAGCACGUGUCAAACGAGGCAAAACACUUUCUGAUAGUGAUGUCAGUGAAUUAUCCAAUUUAUCUGGUUUUACUCCACAACAAGUACGAGAAUGGCAUUCAGGCUUUUUGAAAGAUUGUCCAAGCGGAAGACUAAAUAAAAAAAAAUUUAUUGAAGUUUAUAAGCAAUUUUAUCCAACUGGUAAAGCCGAAAAAUUUUGUGAAUAUGUUUUUCGUACAUUCGAUACAGAUGGUUCAGGCAAUAUAGAUUUUGGUGAAUUUCUAAUUGCUAUAUCAAUAACGGCUCAACAAGAUCCGAAAAAAAAAUUAGAAUGGGCAUUUUCAAUGUAUGAUAUUGAUCGUAAUGGAUAUAUUGAAAAAAAGGAAAUGAAAAAAAUUAUGGAUGCUAUUUACGAUCUUCUUGGUGAAGAAAAGAAAGGUUCAAAUUCACCAGACAUAAAGGUUGAUCAAAUAUUUUCAAAAAUGGACGUCAAUAGUGAUCAAAAAUUAUCUAAAGAUGAAUUCGUUACAGGCUGUUUACAAGAUGAUUAUUUACGUAAAUUACUUGCACCAUCAGCCUCUUAA